AGUCGGAGUUGUGGAAAGGAAAAAAAGUCAGCCAGCAGUGUUUAAAGCUGAGAACAAGGGCCGAGAGUGCAUCGUGUGGACCUCCACCACCAGAGUUUUCACUUUUUUACUUCCUCUCGUUCAACAUCGUCUUGCAGAACUGAUGAUACACUAGUUUUAAAAAAGUUUCACGGAUUGGAAUUGUUUUCAACUUGAGAAAAUGCAUUUUUGCAAGGCGUUCUCUAUUACACUCCUGCUACCUCUGCUGAUAUCAUCCCAGUACCAAGGGGACAACGGAAUAGUAGUCCCAGAGCAUGGAUUUUGUCAGCCGAUUUCCAUCCCCCUGUGCACGGACAUAGCGUACAACCAAACAAUCAUGCCAAACUUAGUGGGCCAUUACAACCAGGAGGACGCAGGGCUCGAGGUGCACCAGUUUUACCCUCUCGUAAAGGUACAGUGCUCGCCGGAGUUGAAAUUCUUCCUUUGCUCCAUGUAUGCGCCUGUGUGUACAGUCCUGGAGAAGGCCAUUCCUCCCUGCAGGUCCAUCUGCGAGAGAGCAAAGCAGGGCUGCGAGGCUCUCAUGAACAAGUUUGGCUUUCAGUGGCCGGACCGUCUGCGCUGUGAAAACUUCCCUGUACUGGGGGAUGGACAAAUCUGUGUGGGCCAAAAUGAUUCCUCUGCAGCCACCGUUCCCCCCAUUAUUGCUGUACCAGGAACCCAGGAUAUCUCCAUGGUCCCCACUCUGGAGAGGUCUUUCCGUUGUCCACCUGUGCUCAGGGUACCUCCAUAUUUGAAUUAUAGAUUCUUAGAUGAGAAGGACUGUGCAGCACCCUGUGAGCCAUUAAGGAGUGGUGGGAACAUGUUUUUCAGUGAAAAGGAAAUUCAUUUCUCCCGCUUAUGGAUUCUGGUCUGGUCGGUUCUUUGUUGUGCUUCCACAUUAUUCACAGUAACCACUUACUUGGUGGACAUGCAGCGCUUCAGAUACCCAGAGCGGCCCAUAAUCUUCCUGUCUGGUUGCUACACCAUGGUUUCCAUAGCCUACAUAGCUGGAUACUUCCUGGGAGACAAAGUGGUUUGCAAUGAAAGCUUCAGUCCUGAUAGUUAUAAAACCAUCGUACAAGGUACCAAAAAAGAAGGUUGUACCAUCCUCUUUAUGAUGCUCUAUUUCUUCAGCAUGGCCAGCUCCAUAUGGUGGGUCAUCCUGUCUCUCACCUGGUUCCUGGCUGCAGGUAUGAAGUGGGGGCAUGAGGCCAUUGAAGCCAACUCUCAGUAUUUUCAUCUGGCAGCCUGGGCAGUACCGGCCGUCAAGACCAUCAGCAUCCUGGCCAUCGGUCAGAUUGAGGGCGAUGUGCUCAGUGGCGUGUGCUUUGUCAGUCUGAGCAACCUGGACCCCCUACGAGGCUUUGUGUUGGCCCCUCUCUUCAUUUACCUCUUCAUCGGGACCUCGUUCCUGCUGGCUGGCUUUGUUUCUCUGUUCCGGAUCCGCACCAUCAUGAAGCACGAUGGCACAAAAACAGAGAAGCUGGAGCGCCUGAUGGUGAGGAUUGGUGUGUUCAGCGUGCUCUACACUGUCCCUGCCACCAUUGUUAUCGCCUGCUUCUUCUAUGAGCAGGCCUUCCGCCCACACUGGGAGCGAAGCUGGGUCAGCCAUAACUGCAGGGGCCUGGCCAUCCCCUGCCCCCUGCAGACCGGGCCCCGCAUGACCCCAGACUUCACCGUCUACAUGAUCAAAUACCUGAUGACUCUGAUAGUUGGGAUCACCUCUGGUUUCUGGAUCUGGUCUGGGAAGACUCUACACUCCUGGCACAAGUUCUACUCAAGGCUGACAUAUGGCAAACAAGGAGAGACCACUGUGUAGACUAAAGAGACAUCUAACUGUUGCCCUGGACUAGUUUGUUUAUUAUUACCUGUUUCUCAUGUGAUAGGUAAGUAGCUCUAGGUUCUGAGAGCAUUUUGUAUUCUCCUCAGCUUUAUAGCCUCACAUGCAUGCCAAGCUGAGGGUCAGGCUUUGACAGAAGGACAAGCUGGAUAAACAAAGACUGAACCUGACUGUCUGAACAAAUAACAAGCAUGGCUAUGGAUGCCAUGUGCUGAAAUGCUCUCCUCCCCCUCUCUGGCUCUUUUCUAAAAGCCACCAGAAACUCAAAAGGAGGGACGAUCCAGCAGCCAAGAACAUUAGAGAGCAAACAAAUGAGCAGGGGAAGAAUGGAAAUGUAUUCUCUCUGUUAACAUUUCAUAUUGUAAAUAGUCAUUGUAAAAACAUGAAGUUAUAUAUUUGUAUUUAAAGACAGUACUUCUUUAUAUCUGCCAAUGUACCUGCUUUAAUUUUGCACUGUAAGAAUGCCACGAACAGAAGACAUGUACCUUUUUUAUGAAUUCUGGUUAUAAAUUACAUUUUUAUAGAUUAAAACAACAUCUGUUUGAUGAUAUCCAA